AUGUUUACUUGUAACAAAGGAAGCCAAACAUAUUAUUUAAUCUUUCUAGCAUACUAUUAUAAAUACGGAUCAAAAGAAUUAUCCUCUUUAGAAAAAGAAGAACUUAAAAAACCAAAAGAAAAACUAUUAACCAAAUUACAAAAAGUAGGACAAGAAGUAACAGAAAUAAUCAAAGAAGAAAAGCUAACUAGAGUAAAUAUAACAGUAGCUCCAGCUACUACUUCAGCACUACAUACAAUAAAAGUAAAAGUGACAACAAGAAGAAGAUUUAUAAGAACAAUAUCUGAAGAAGAAUUAGCCUGCCUAAUAAUUUAUAGUCAUGAACUACAAGAUUACUCAAUAUAUAAUCUAGCAGUAUAG